AUGGACAAAUCGACCAUGGACCCGCUAGCAAUCGUAGCGUCCCGCAACAACUUUACCACCGUCGAAGGCGAACGGGAGCACCUGAUGAGAUGCUGGUCUCGUCAAACCUGCGGAGCAUGCCUCGACCAGGACGAAUGCAGCUGGUGUCCGUUUACUUGGUCUUGCGUCCCAAACUCCUACGGAAUACCGUUGCUGGCCCCGGCCUCGAACCCCAACAUCUGCCCUCACCCGGCCGAGCGUUGGGAGCUACGUACGGUGCCCUUUGGAUGCCACGUCUCGUCCGUUACGGUCGUGACUGCUUCCAUCGCCAUCAUCGUCACUGCACUGUUCGUCUCGUUCAUCCUCAUCAGUGCCGUCGCCGUGUUGCGAUGGAGGCGGUACAAAAGACAGACGCCCGACUGGAGGGACAAGUGGCGACGUCGAUGGCGAGAGGUGCUGGGCUCGACAGAAAAUACGUGUACGAGAGCAUCAAGUACCGAGCGGGAUUCUUUGCUUGUGAAUCAAGACAGUGCCAUGUAG